AUGGAGAGGUCGCAGAGCCGCAUCAGCCUUUCGGCAUCGUUCGAGGCCCUCGCCAUCUACUUUCCCUGCAUGAACUCCUUUGACGAGGACGAUGGAGUGGAUACCGAUGGCAGGAAGCUGAAGGGAGCCAUCCAGAGGAGCACAGAGACGGGUUUGGCUGUGGAGAUGCCCAGUCGGACCGUCCGCCAGGCCAGCCACGAGUCCAUCGAGGACAGCAUGAACAGCUACGGCUCUGAGGGGAAUCUAAACUACAGCGGCAUGUGUCUCGCAUCAGAUGCCCAGUUCAGCGACUUCCUGGACGGAAUGGGACCGGCCCAGUUCGUUGGGCGGCAGACGCUUGCGAUGACAUCCAUGGGUGAUGUAGAGAUCGGUCUCAUGGAGAGGAAUGGGGGUCUGGAGGUGGAGGUGGUCCAGGCCAGAGGACUCACCAUGAAACCAGGUUCCAAGGGACCUCCAGCUGCGUACAUCAAAGUUUACCUCCUGGAGAACGGGGCCUGUGUGUCCAAGAAGAAGACCAAGUCGGUUCGGAAGUCUCUGGAUCCUCUUUAUAACCAGGUCCUGGUCUUCUCUGAAAGCCCGCAGGGGAAAGUGGUUCAGGUGAUUGUUUGGGGGAACUAUGGACGAAUGGACCGCAAAUGCUUCAUGGGCGUCGCUCGAAUCCUGCUGGAGGAGCUGGACCUCAGCUCCAUGGUGAUUGGUUGGUACAAGUUGUUCCCUACCUCCUCGAUGGUGGACCCAACGAUGGCGCCGCUCAUUCGCCACUCAUCUCAAAUGUCUCUGGAGAGCACCAUUGGGCCAUGCUGCGACAGAUCGUAA